GCAGGUUCCCGCCCACUUUCCACGCCCCUCAACUUUCCACGGAGUCGCGGACGCGCUCGGGCUCCGCAGUGACUCGGUCCGGUCGCAGCUGCGCGCACGCGCUCCGAGCUCCGGUCAGUGGAAACGCCUUCGUUACCGGCGACUCUUUUCUCUGGAGAGAACCGGGAGGACGCGUGUCUCUAGGAUGCGCGACUCCCGCCGGAGAGUCUGCUCCUCAGUAUGGAUACGCGCCGCGAGCACGAGCGUGGACGCUGCGUAAAAGCGGCUCGUGGAAUCGGGGAGUUGAUGGCGCACACUGGCGCGCGCCUGCUGCUGCUCGCUUGUUUCGGCUGGUGGGCAGAGGCUUGGACUGUGGAUGGCCCGACGGAAGCUUUUGGCUGGUUGGUGAAGGACUCGCAGUGCCACCGCAUGCUGAAGCAUCUCCACAAUGGAACCCGGAUCACGGUGCAGAUGCCUCCCAACGUGGAGGGCCACUGGGUCUCCGCCAGUUGUGAGGUGAGACCCGGCCCGGAGUUCCUGACCCGCUCCUACCGCUUCUACGCCAACAACACCUUCCUGGCUCACCAGUUCUUCUACGAGGACAACCACUGCACCAGGCCCAGCUACACGCUGGCGGCCCGCGGCCGGCUCCGCCUCCGCCAGGCCUCCUGGAUCACCCGGGGCGGCACCGAGGCUGAGUACGUCCUGCAGCGCCUGCAGAUGGCGCCUCACACCGCCAGCGUGGCCAAAGAGCUGAGCCAGAGGCUGAACCGCAGCUGCCGGGGGGCGGCCGGCGGCGGCUGGGAGCCGGGGGUGGUCUACCAGCUCUGGAGCGAGGAGAGCGGCCAGGACUGCUCCAGGGAGCUGCACUUCGCCCUGCACGAGCUGCAGCUGCUGCGCGUGGAGCGGCAGUACGCGCAGCACCACUUGGUGGAGGAGCUGUUCCUGGGAGACAUCCACACUCAGGCGGCCCAGAGGCUCUACUACAAGCCCUCCAGCUACCAGACCGCCCUGCAGAGCACCCAGAACCACGAGCACGGCUGCAUGGCCUGCCGCAUCGUCUCCCGCUCGGACGAGCUCCACCCGCCCGUCCUGCCGCCACGCGCCGACCUCGCCGUCGCCCUCUCCGGUCAGUGGGUGAGUCAGCGCUGCGAGGUGCGGCCGGAGGUCCUCUUCCUCACCCGACACUUCAUCUUUCACGACAACAACCGCACCUGGGAGGGCCACUACUACCACUACUCGGACCCGGUCUGCAAGCACCCCACCUUCACCCUGUACGCGCGCGGGCGCUACAGCCGCGGCCUGCUCUCCACCCGGGUCAUGGGCGGGACCGAGUUCGUCUUCAAAGUGAACCACAUGACGGUGACGCCGAUGGACUUGGCGACCACGUCCCUCCUCAACGUCUUCAACGGGAACGAGUGCGGCGCGGAGAGGUCGUGGCAGGUGGGCGUGGAGCAGGACGUGACGGUGACCCACGGCUGCGUGGCGCUGGGGAUCCGACUCCCCCACACGGAGUACGAGCUCUUCCGCAUGGAGCAGGACGCUCACGGACGCUACCUGCUCUACAACGGCCAGCGCCCGAGCGACGGCUCCAGCCCGGACACACCUGAGAAGCGGGCCACGUCCUACCAGAUGCCGCUGGUCCAGUGUUCCACCAGCAGCCGGUCACCGGACCACACCUCCAGAGGGGGGCGCCAGCUCUGGACACACAACCGCUGCGGCGGGCAACACGUCACAUCAACUCUGGCGGCGCUUCUCGUGGCUCUUCUCCUCUGCUGGCAAAACUAGAAGAGAGUGUAAACCUGUUGAGGAAGCCCAGAAGUUCCCAACUCACUCCCAAGACUCGACUGCACCACAGACACUGCACUUUGUUGGGAUUCACUUCCUGAGGAUGUUGGGACUCUUCACGCCAUGGAAAGGCUGCAGCAGAAGGUCUCACUUAAACGUAGCGCAGCAACAAGAUCCGACUGGUGGAUGGUUCUCUCCAUCAACACCGCCCCACGGGUCGGACGCAUCAUUACAAACAGCUCCUCCAGUUCAGCAAGUCUGUCUCAAACAAACCAUUGUUCGUCGUGAAAGUGUGAAGACUUUGCUACAAUACUUUUUGUAUUAAAGAUUUACCAAAGACUAUUUAAGUUUCAUCUUUUUUACUAAACAGACAGUGGCAGAAGACACACUUCCUGUUUAAAGGACGUCAUUUCCGGAUGCUUUGGAUUUGAAUCUUUUCAUCCACUCGUUUGUUCGCCUGCCUGAUGUUCACUCCAGUUAGUUCAGACGGAUGUUUUGUUUUCUCUGCACAGCCUCUGCGGAGGCCAAGGAGACAUUCCCGGCUCAGUUUCCCAUGUUCAGAUUACUUUUAAUA